UUGAAGUUGAGAGAUCUUUGCGAGGGCGUUAGGUUGGUUUUCUAUUGCUUGAAUGAAUCAAUAUUGAGAGUUCAUGGUGAGUCUGCAGUUUCAACAGGAUGAAGGUUAUGCUGAUGCGGACAAGGUGUCGAUGCUCAAAGAGCUUCUGUAGAGUUAAUGUUGGUUGUUGUGAUUUUCUUCCUGCGGUUGCAAAGGUUUCUGUCUGUCUUCGAGCUCUCGGCCAGUAUCGAUCCUGAGGUUAUUUGCUGCGGGAGGAUGUUGAAUUGUGUGAAUGAAAGCUUGAUACAAUCGGUGGCUCAUAAUUCUCUCGUUUACUGCAAUUUAACUGCGAGAUUUGUUUUUGUUCGAGCUUCAUGUGUGAUCAACUGCUCCAAUCUCUUUCUCCUUGUCAGUUACGGGUUCUUGCGCACUGAUCUAUUCGGGUGUUAAGAGUCAGAAGUUAUCGUUUGGAUUGAGUGUGUGAUUAGUUGUGCAGGAUAAACAGUUGGUCAAAAUCAAACCUAAGGUUUGUCUUUUGAUUCUUUUUUCAGUUCUCUUUGUUACCGUCUGCCGGGUCCUGGACGUCCACGCAACCUGUAAAUGUAAUCCUAGGCAGGAGAGAGUAAUGUCUUUCAGUCCUAUUGCAAAUUUUGGCCUCACUGUUACCCGCAAUGUGAUGAUCACAUUUGGAUGCCGAUCGGGAUGCGCCGCAGACUGAGUAUUUCCGAUUCUCCAAAAAUCCAGCUUGAUCGUGUUUGAACACACACAUCCGUAGUAUUCAACGAUGGUGAGAAGGGUCAUCGAUCUAGACAACAUAGACGUUAUUAAUGUGCUCACCUCUGCCGUCCAAGCUGUAACGGAUGUCCUCGUCCAUGUAAUCGUUCCUCGACAAAUUUUUAGUUCAUUUUCGACUCAAAACUGUCACUAUUGAGUUAGACUGCGACAUCUACUGGUGGAGACCGUGAUCUUCUCAUGCGGUUUCAAACGCCGUGUGUGUCUCGGAGGUACAGAUCCUCAUCGAUGCAGAUUACUGAAUGUGAGUGAUGGCGACGAUCUGAAUAAUAGAUGGCCAAACUGCAAGACUGACUGUUGUCGUGGGUAUUGGCUCUUGCUCGUCUAGCAGACUGGUGUACGAUCUUCGACAUGGUCUUUUGCUGAAGUAACCAUGGCGAAUCAGUAAACCUUGUUUGAAUUACAGCGAGCUGGAGCCCGUUUGACCUCGAAUAUUCCAUUUUCGAUGCACAGAGGCGUUGUCACAAAUGUCACUGACCAACCUAUUUUUUAUGAUCAGAAGAUUCUCCCACGAUUCCUUUGCAUUUGCUUGCACUUCUUCGCACUUCCUGUGAGCAUGUUGCACUGUUUGUCAGAAUCCGACAGUCGCAGAUUUCGUCAGGCCGAAUAGUCUCUGACGUCCGUGUGAGGCAGCUGACUGAACACUGUGUCAGCACCAUCUGUGGGACCAAGUUUGCUUCGGAAUCACUCCAACGAUUCCUCAGAUAUCUAAUUGACAAAGCUGCUCAUUGAUGCCCAACAUUGAAGGUGAAUGGUGGCCAAGAUCUCAACAAGUGAGGAUCACACUGCGUGACAGAUUGUGGUUGCGGUUGUUUGCUCCUGCACCUCCGGCAGAGUGGCGGAUGAGAUUAAUCUAGGGGUUUUGCUGGAUCAAACAAGCGGUUCGUAUUGUUUCCUCCUAGGGGUUUGAGAACGAAGAAACGGCCGGUCUGUGACAUCUUGCCAUCGAUGUAUCGAACCAUACCAAGCUUUGUGCUUGACCACGCCUCUCGUCACAAACUGGUGGCUCAGCUGAUGUUUUCGCUGCUGCAGUCGAUCAGAAGCAUGGGGUCCUUACCGAAAGAAACUAGUCCACUUGCACCACAUGUGAUCUUGUUUCCGUGCCCUAUGCACAGCCAUUGUGUGCCAUUCAUUUUGAUGGCAAAGAAAAUAAUAGCUCUCGGCGUGAAAGUCACUUUCAUCAGCAUCGAGCACGUUAUUUCUCUGCUGCAGGCCACUGAGGGAAAAUUGUUGGCUUCGGAACCCGAGAAUCUUCGGCUGCUGGCUAUAUCUAACGGGGAAGGAUAUAAACCCAGUGAUAGCCCGCUACUCCUGACGAGCACGAUAUCCGAAAGAACGUCUGAUUCCUUCACCGAAUGCUUAGAGCGCUUGAUGCAAGGAUCAAACGGAGUGGACCCACAUAUUCUAGAAUGGGGGCCUCCCCGCUGUGUCAUUUUUGACCUAUUUCUGGGCUCGAUGGUGAAGUUAGCUGAUCAAUUCAACCUACCCAGCUAUAUAUUUUGGACAACCACUGCAACCAGCCUUGCGGUGAUGAUGCAUACAGCAGUAUUGCGUGCUCAUGGACACAUUCCUCUCAACCUAGACGACACUGACAAUCUCAGAGCAGUCGAAAUUCCUUGCAUUCCUCCGGUGCAUCCGUUCGAAUUUAUAGGAGCCACUCAGAAUUCCAGACAUGUUAUGCACGUACUCUUAUCGAGCUAUCCCGAUUACCAUGUCCACGUGCGGGGGAUACUUGUGAACUCGGUUCAUGAACUUGAAUCCUCUGUAUUCGAAGCCCUGAAUGAGCAUUAUGUCGGUGCUGAGGGCUCAAAGCUGCGGAGAAUUAUCCCAGUUGGCCCUACGAUCCCCAAGUCAGUGUUCUUCAAGGAGACUAAUCAAGAAAACAAUGCAAACUGCUCUGGUGUAGGCAGGGAUCCGAUUUUACAAUGGCUUGAUACUCAACCAUCGUCCUCCGUCAUAUACAUUUCCUUUGGGAGCAUCGCUACUUUAACCGCUAAUCAGCUGGUGGAAAUGGCUCUGGGGCUGGAAGCAAGUGGCCAACGAUUUGUGUGGAUUUUGAGACCGCCUUCAGAUCCCAGCAUGAUUGCAGCAAACUCUGAGGCUUACUCGUUUCUGCCUCCAGGUUUUCAGGAUAGGGUAAAGGGAACUGGCAUUAUUGUUACACACUGGGCACCCCAGGUGCAGAUCCUGCAACACCCUUCCACCGGGGGAUUCUUGACGCACUGUGGUUGGAAUUCCAUAUUAGAGAGCAUCGGCGCUGGUGUCCCUAUGCUUGCAUGGCCAAUUCAAGCAGAGCAAAUGAUAAACACAAGGUGGAUUGUGGAGGAGGUCCGGGCAGCGUUCGCACUGCGCAGAGAUCCUUACAGCUUUGUCGAUAGAAACUCUAUUGAUAAAGGUGUUCGGCUUCUGAUUUGCUCAGAGGAGGGUCAGGCUGCAAAGAAGAAUGUCCUCCAUCUCAGGGACAAGCUUCUAAGCAGUUUUGGCGACAAUGGCCUUUCUGCAAAGUGUCUAAAAAGUUUUGUGGAGGAAUUGGAACAACUCCAUGCUCAAUAGCAUCUGUUAGCAUUAACCAGAGUGCCAAUCAGUCAGAUCUUCAUACAACUCCUGUAUAGUAUUUAGGACUGGAGACUGUACAUUUCGAAACCAGAAGUAUAUCUAAUCCUUACUCUUCCAUCAAUCACUUGCGUUCCACAAGUCGCUUAUUCUACACAGUGACAAACUUCCACCACCGACAGUACCAGAGUUGUGGCUGUUAUUUGUGGUUCAAUCUAUUUUUGAAUAUAUCCAUUCUAUGGGAAUUGUGUGUA